UCACUCGUUCGCGAUUGCGCAGUCCUACCGUCGAAUUCAGAUGAUAUCGUUUGCUCGUCGCCGUGAACGACGGUGGCCGUGACGAAAACGAUAGCAAUUUUCAAGGUGGAUUCAUUUACAGUAUUAAUCCAUUAAAAUAGUAGCAAUAAUAAUGAAAAAUGUAUGCGGUGGACGAAUUGUUGACGCCACCGCGGUGUUUUCAUCAAAUCAAAUCAAAUCAAAAUAUUAUAAAAUUAUAAUAAUAUUAUCAAUAAACGGUGGCGAUAAGUGAUAACAGACGUCUAAUCAACUACGCGUUCCGUCUAUCUCCCGAACUUCCGCGGAAUUCGACUGUAAUUAAUUGAACAGCUCAAUUAGCCUGCCCGCCGUCUCUCGCGAUAUCCGAAAAAGUCUCUUUGUCUCGUUUCAAGCACUCAAGCACGGGCGCACGGCCCUAGGACCGGACACACAUGACGCCUCCCUAGCUGUCGACAACUUGUGUGUAGCCUAGACCGGUGGACUCUACCACCGAUGCUCUGAGUGAGCCCCCAUUCCAUAUGAUUGCUACGCAGCCAUGGCCGAACAUGGCGCCAUCGAUACGAACGUCAAACAGGACAAGCCCGCUGAUGAAAUGCUGUCGGAUUGGAUCCAGUGCAUUUGCGUCGUCACCUUUGAUCUGGAGUUUGGCCAGGCGAUGGAGUUGGUCUAUCCCAGCAACGUCAAAUUAUCCGAGGAAGACAAAACAAACCUCUGCUAUCUGGCUUUUCCCGACUCCAAUUCCGGUUGCAUGGGAGACACUCAAUUUCAUGUCAAGAUAAAGUGUUCUCAACCUUCGAAUCUCAGUCAACGCCAUAUAAACUAUAAUGCAAAAUGUCCAGUUUUCUUACAAGCUGAUCAUCGUUGUUUGUAUGGGUUUGUUUUCUUUCGACAAAUCAAAGAUCUGUCUCUACCACGGGGUUAUUUUCAAAAAAGUGUAAUUAUACUAUCUCAGUUGCCAUUCAUUAGUUUAUUUACUGAGGUUUGUGGGACAAUAGCGCCCGAGUAUUUCAAACACGGAAUUACUGGAAUAGAAGUAGCAUGGCAUGAUAUCAAACAGUGGCCAGAUUUAUAUGCUGGAGAAACAGUUAGCUUGCCAUUACUGGGAAUUGUUCUUCAAGCUCAACUGAUAUGUGAUAAUAACAAAAUCUGCAGCUCAUCAAACUCAAUGGUACCUGAUUACCAGUUACCAGUAGUUGUAUCAUCAUUAUACGAACUGAAUACAUUUGGAUGUUUUUCAUCGAUUGUAUCUCAAAUGCAUCUUUUAUGGGAAUUAGUGUUAACGACUGAGCCCAUUGUUGUGAUGGCCUCAUCCCCUACCUACAGUUCUCAGGUUGUUCAAGCAUUGGUUAGUUUAAUAGUACCAUUGGCUUAUUAUGGAGAUUAUCGUCCGUAUUUUACGAUACACGAUAAUGAGUUCAAAGAGUAUAUGAGCAAGACACUGAAUCCGCCACCUAUAAUACUUGGUGUAACAAAUCCUUAUUUCACAAAAACAUUACAACAUUGGCCACAUAUUGUUAGAGUUACUGAUACAUUAAAAAAAGACACUACAAAUAAAAGUAAAUUAAGGAAAGGAUCGAAUCUUAAAAUCUUAGAUGCUAAACCUGGAGUUUAUACUGAGUAUAAACCUUUUUUAUAUAAAGACAAAUCAAUAGUGAAAAAACUUAUCAGAGGAAUGCAAAACAAGCGCCCAGAAGAAGUGCAAUCAGCGCUAUUGCGACGACACUUUUUAGAACUCACCCAGAGUUUUAUGAUACCCCUUGAGCGGUACAUGUCAUCAUUAAUGCCCUUACAAAGGAAUAUUUCUCCCUUUAAGGCUGCUCCUAAACCCUGGCCUUUUAAUCCAGACAACUUUUUGGCUAGUUUAGAAUAUGCUGGGCCUCAACUGACAUGUGGUAUUAAAGGAGACUGGAAGGGGCUUUACAAGCAAUUUUUUAGAUCUCCUAAUUUCAAUGGUUGGUACAAUAUUCGUUACAAAGGAAUGAUGAUGAAGCUUCAAGUUUUGCAAAUUGAAGCACUAUCUAGUGUGGAUAUUAACAACUGGCUUGAAGGAAAACAAGAAGUAGAAAUUGUUGACAUGAUACUGAAAAUUCGCCAAAAAUUGGAUGAAUGUGAAAGCAAAGGAUAUCCUUUAAAUAAAAGAAUUAAAGAUCAAUUAAAAGUGAAAAUGGAUGAUAUAAUUUGUUCAUUGCCAGAUGAUUUAAAAAAUGUGUUGUCAAAUAAAAAGCCAUCUAGCAGAUGAUACACUUCCAUGUAUAGAUAUAGAUGGAGAGUAAUUUUAAUCAUUUAGAUAAUAUCAAUGCCAUCUCACUAAAUUGUAUCUGUAUUUAUCCUGACUUGGAUCUAUACACUGAUCAUCAGUUUCAAAAUUGAUAUUAUUAUUAUUCCAUAGUUAUAUAUUUUUACAAACAUAUUACAGUUUAAUACAUUUUUAAGUAUUCAGAAAUUGUCUAAAUAUUUAUCACUGACAUUUAUCAAAUAUAAAUUCCUAAUUUUACAUUUUUGUUGAAAUCAAGUACAGAUAUUUUAGACUAAAUAAUAUUCGUACUGCCUUAAAUUUUUAUAAUACUUACAUUAAGAUACUUCCAGUAAAGAAGCUGGUUAAUUUAUGUUUAUAUAAUAUUAUAUUGUUAUGGUUUAUGUCAUAUAUGUUGCCCAUAAAUAUAAAGUUAUAUUAUAUGAAAGACUUAGUGUUAUUGUUAGACAAGUUGUUAAUUUUGGAGUAAAAUACAUUUUUUUUUGCAGUAUAUAUAA